AUGGAAGCUUCAAAAAUAUCAGUAUGCAUUAACAAUGAUUUACAAGAAUUGGAUUUGAGUCACAAUGAGUUGAAAGAUCUUAUAGAAAGCUUUGGCCAACUUAAGAACCUGGUGUACUUGAAUUUGGCUUCAAAUUUGUUAAAUGGCCCUAUCCCGUUAUUCUUUAGAAAUUUGACCAAGUUGGAAGAACUAAUUCUUAAAGAUAAUCAGUUCAAUGGAACAAUUCUAGCAUUUUUAGGGAGAUUUUCCAAUUUAAGGGUGUUAGAUGUUUCUGGCAAUCACCUAAAAGGAAACAUUCCUGAUGAUCUUGGAAAGCUCUUGAACUUGAAAAUUUUGGAUCUUUCCACUAACUCCUUGGAGGGCACUCUUGGGAAAAGUAUCUUUAGUAAUCUGUCAUACCUCUAUGACUUAAGGCUAGGAAUGAACAAGUUAUCUAUAAAGCUUACACCCAAUUGGUUACCUCCUUUUCAAUUGACAAAUCUUAAUAUGUCAUCUUGCAUAAUUGGGACACCAUUUCCUCAAUGGCUUCAAAGCCAAAAGGAGUUGGACAACUUAGACUUAUCAAACACCAACCUUUGGGGAUCCCUCCUAACAUGGUUUCAACAAGAGAAUCUCAUUGUGCUAGACCUCUCCAACCACAAGAUCGAUAGACUACUCCCAAGAAAUCUCCAUGAUAUGAUGCCCUCUUUGACCAGCUUGUUCCUUAGUAACAACCUUUUGAACGAUUCUAUUCCAAAAUCACUAUGUAAAUUGCAAGGGCUUCAAGACUUGGAUCUUUCAAAAAAUAAAUUAUCCUGUGAGAUUCCUAGCUGUUUGGGUGAAAUUCAUGGCAUUGUAUUGAUAGAUCUAUCAUCUAAUAUGUUAUCCGGCACUAUUUCUGAACCAUUUUGUCAAAGUACUUUACAAUCUUUGAACAUUUUGGAUCUUGGCAACAAUCAACUACAUGGUAUUGUACCUUCAAGUAUUUGGGAUGAUUCUAGUGUGUUGAAAAUUCUCAGGCUUCGCCAAAACAGAUUCCAAGGUAACAUCCCAUCAAGCCUAUGUCGACUCUCUUACUUGCAAAGCUUGGACAUUGCAAGUAACAACUUAUCUGGCGCAAUUCCUUUAUGCAUUGAAAAUCUUAAGGCAAUGAUGAUAAAACAAGCAUUGGAUGAUAGAUCAAAUGUAGAUAAAGCUUCUGAACCUGUACCUGUGCCUGCUCCUGUAGAAUUCUCCUUGGAACCAAGUAGUCUUAUACCUACUGUAGUUGCAAGUCCUCUAUCUUUUGAUCAAUGGGAAAAAGAAGAUGUCAAGCAAUUUAUGAAAGGAAGAGAACUUGAUUACACAAAAAAAUCUCAAGUAUGGACAAUUCCAGAGGGAAGCCAGUUCCUCACUCCUGAGGAUUCAUCCAUUUAUAUUGGAAACCAAUAUCUCUGUGGAGAACCUGUGCUGAAAAAAUGCUCCCCAGAUGACAAUAAUGAAGCUCCAACUUGCGAAGGCAAAGACGACGACAACAAAAAAGAAAAGAUCGUUUUUUACUUUGUUGUUGCCCUUGGUUUCAUGAUAGGAUUCUGGGGAGCUAUGGGAGUUCUACUGUUCGACAAGAGUUUAAGCAGUAACAAUAAGAGUUGCAAGGAUCAAGAGAAUAUGGUAGAAAUCUUAAUGGAGAUUGAGUUUGCCAGUGAUGUCUCAGAAGCUUCACGACUCUGUUUGUGUGGGAAUCUCACUGAUGAUGGCUGCAUAGAAGAAGAGAGGCAUGCUCUUUUGAAGUUCACAGACAGCUUUGAGAAUUACUCAAGGGAUGUUCUCGCAUGGGACGGCAAACAAUGCUGCAGAUGGAAAGGAGUCAAAUGUGAUGCCAUCAUUGGUCAUGUGGUCAAGAUUGAUCUCAGCCCAAAAACAAUUCCUCACCGGAUAUUGCACAGCAAAGCAAUGAGUUCGUCCUUGUUGGAAUUGAAACAUUUGAGCUACUUGGAUUUAAGCUUCAUUGAUUUUCAAUCCAGUUCUAUCCCAUCGUUUGUUGGGUCCAUGAAAGAACUAAGGUACCUUAAUCUUUCCCACUGUUUCUUUUCUGGGCGGGUACCAUACCAUCUGGGGAACCUCACCAACUUACAAAAUCUUGAUCUCAAUGGAGUUCUCUCAGAUGGCUUAAAUGUUUCCAGACUUAAUCAAGACUUAUACAUGGAUGACUUCACUUGGGUCACCCGACUUUCUUCUUUGCGAUAUAUUAACAUGGGGGGAGUUCACAUUGAGAAUGGGAUCAAUGAUAUAAUAAAGGUAAUUUACAAUCUCCCAUUCUUGUUACAAGCAGACUUUAUGUAUUGUCAUACUCCCCGCCUCAUUGGUUCUAAUGGUUUUGUGAACUCCUCCACUGUUCCUUCCAAGGUUCAAGUCUUGAAUCUUGGGUGGAAUGGUCUAGAUGUCAUGCCCAAGGCUUUGCAAAACAUGACAUCCCUUAGAUCCCUUGACCUCUCUUGUAACUUUUUUUCUGACCUUGUUCCAUUAGGAUUAGGAAAGCUUAGGUUUCUAGAACAUUUGGAUCUGUCCAUGAAUAGCAUUUCUGGGUUAUUUCCCAAUGCUGUUCAAAACACAUCAUCCCUUGCAUUCCUUGCAAUUUCUGACAAUAAUAUUCUUGGCUCGGUUCCAUUAUGGCUAGGAGAGUUCAUGUUUCUAGCCCAUCUGAAUCUAGCCAGGAAUAAACUUUCUGGUUUGUUUCCUAUUGCUAUUCAAAACAUUACUUCCCUCAGAUUCCUUGACCUUUCAAGCAAUAAUUUGAUUUCUAAAAUUCCUUUGUGGUUCAUCAAGAGGAUUCAAUAUGUCAAUCUUUCCAAUAAUAAAUUCUCUGUUCUUGAAAUUUAUUGUCCUUGGAAUUCUAAAAUCAAUUGCAAUCUAAAAUCAUUGGACUUGUUCCCAGACAAAAACUUUCAGGGAGAAACACUCAGAAGCUUAAAAAAUAUAUCUGUAUGCAUUAACAGUGAUUUACAAACACUGGAUUUAAGUCAUAAUGAGUUGAAAGAUCUUCCAGAAAGCUUAGCCCAACUUAAGAACCUUGUAUGCUUGAAUUUGGCUUCAAAUCUGCUAUAUGGCCCCAUCCCAUUAUUCUUUAGAAAUUUGACCAAAUUGCAACAACUAAUUCUUGAAGAUAAUCAUUUCAAUGGAACAAUUCCAGCAUUCUUGGGGAGGUUGUCUUCCUUGAAAGGGUUAAGUCUUUCUAGGAAUCACCUAAAAGGUCACAUCCCAAAUAGUCUUGGGAAGCUUUUGAACUUGGAAAUUUUGGAUCUUUCAACUAACUCCUUUGAAGGGGCUCUUGGGGAGAUUCUCCUUGGUAAUCUGUCUAAUCUCCAAGUAUUAAGGGUAGGGAUGAACAAGUUAUCUAUAGAGCUUGCCCCCAACUGGUUGCCUCCUUUUCAAUUAAUAGAUCUUAAUUUGUCAUCUGGCAAAAUUGACACAUCAUUUCCUUAUUGGCUUCAAAGCCAAAAGAAUUUAGUCUGGUUAGAUUUAUCAAACACCGGCCUUUGGGGUACCCUCCCAACAUGGUUUCAACAAGAGUAUCUCAAUGCGCUAGACCUCUCUAACAACAAGAUUAGUGGACAACUCCCAAGAAAUCUCCAUGAUAUGAUACCCCAAUUGACUAGUUUGUUCCUUAGUAACAACCUUUUGAAUGGUUCUAUUCCAAAAUCACUGUGUAAAUUGAAUUGGAUCAAUGGAGAUUUGGAUCUUUCAAAAAAUAAAUUAUCCAAUGAGAUUCCUAGCUGUUUGGGUGAAAUUUCCAUAAACUUGGUAGAUCUAUCAUCUAAUCAAUUAUCAGGCACCAUUCCUCAGUUAUUGUGUAGGUCUGAUUCAUUAGAAUCUUUGAACUUGAGCAACAAUAGUUUGCAUGGAGAGCUUCCAUCAACCUUGCGAUCUUGCCACUUAUUGAAUAUUUUGGAUCUUGGCAACAAUGGACUAUAUGGCAAUAUACCUUCAAGUAUGUGGGGCGAUUUUAAUGAUAUCAAAAUUCUUAGGCUUCGCCAAAACAAAUUUAAUGGUAGUAUCCCAUCAAGCCUCUGCCAACUCCCUUUCUUGCAAAGCUUGGAUCUCGCAAAUAACAACUUCACAGGCACAAUUCCUUUUUGCAUCGAGAAUCUUAAGGGAAUGAUGAUAAACAAACAAGCAUUAGAUGAAGCUUCUGAACCACUAGUACCUGCAAGUAGUCCUAUGUCUUUUUCAUUCUUUGAUCAAUGGCAAAAAGUACAUGUCAAGCAAGUCAUGAAAGGAAGAGAAUUUGAUUACACAAGAACUCUCCAGUAUGUAAUUAACAUGGACUUGUCAAGCAACAACCUUGUUGGCUUUAUACCAGAAGUUAUAACUUCUCUCAAUGGAUUGGUUAACUUGAAUUUAUCACACAACUCUUUAUCAGGAGAAAUUCCAAGCAAAAUAGGGAAAAUGAAGUUUCUAGAAUCACUGGACCUCUCAUGGAACCAACUUGAAGGUGCACUUCCAAGUAGCAUGUCUUCUUUGACAUUUUUAACACGCUUGAAUUUGUCAUACAACAACUUUUCGGGGCCAAUUCCAGAGGGAAAUCAGUUCCUUACACUUGAGGAUCCAUCCAUUUACAUUGGAAAUCAAUAUCUCUGUGGAGAACCUGUGCUGAAAAAAUGCUCCCGGGAUGACAAUAAUGAAGCCCCAACUUAUGAAGGCAAAGACGACGACAACAAAAAAGAAAAGAUCCUGUUUUACUUUGUUGUUACCCUUGGUUUCAUAACAGGAUUCUGGGGAGCUAUUGGAGUCCUAGUGGUCAACAAGAGAUUAAGGUAUGUUUGUUUUAGAUAUGUGGAGAAAAUAGCUGAUCAAAUAUAUGUAGCAAUAGCAAUAAGAGUUGCAAGGAUCAAGAGAAUAUGGCAGAAAUCUUGA